CAAAAUCAAGAGCCGUGCGCAUGGUUUUCGGUUUUCCCCGUUUUCCUUGCUUCGAGCACUUCGAAGCUGGAAGGGCGCGUUGCAGAGGACGCUGUAGCGUUUAUGUGUGUGGUAUGAGGCACGUUUGAAAGUGCACUGCUUGUGAGAAGUUCUGAACGUCUUUUGAAAGUUUCUGUGGACGUCUGCAAAUUGUCAGGACCUAACAUGACCUCUCUGAAUGGUGUUGUCAGUGGAAAGCACGGUCCACUGGUUGGAGCCAUAGACCAAGGAACUAGCAGCUCACGAUUUUUGGUGUUUGCGAGUAAAACAUCGGAGCUCAUUGCGUACCAUCAGAUCGAAGUGGAGCAGAGCUACCCAAAGGAAGGGUGGGUUGAAGAAGAUCCCUAUGAAAUUUUAGGUAGCGUGCAUACGUGCAUUGAAAAGACCAUGGAGAAGCUGGUAGACCUUGAGAUUGAUCCAAAGGACAUUAAAGCCAUUGGAGUUACAAACCAGAGGGAAACAACAAUAGUAUGGGACAACGUGACUGGCAAACCCUUGUACAACGCAAUUAUAUGGCUCGAUAAUAGAACCGUACAAACUGUGGAGAGGCUCUUAGACAAGGUACCGGGCCACGACAAAGACUUCCUCAGGCAAAAGUGUGGUCUUCCACUUUCUACAUACUUCAGUGCGGUUAAGCUGGUGUGGCUGUUGGAAAACGUUCCUGAAGUGCAAAAUGCUGUUCGGAAAGGGCGUUGUAUGUUUGGCACUGUGGACUCGUGGUUGUUAUAUAACUUCACUGGUGGGUGCAAAGGGGGGGUGCAUUUAACAGAUGUCACUAAUGCCAGUCGCACAAUGCUCAUGGACAUCGAAACACUGCAAUGGGACACCUAUUUGUGCAAAUUUUUUGAUAUUCCACAAAGUAUCCUGCCUGAGAUACGCAGCUCUUCUGAGAUAUACGGUGCCAUGUGUGAGGGGCCCCUGGCAGGUGUGCCUAUUUCUGGGUGUCUUGGGGACCAAAGUGCAGCUUUGGUUGGACAGUUGUGCUUUAGCAUCGGUCAAGCUAAGUGCACGUAUGGCACUGGCUGCUUUCUUCUAUGCAACACUGGCCUUGAAGUAGUCUACUCAACUCAUGGUCUGCUUACAACUGUAGCGUACAAAUUGGGACCAAAUCGCCCAGCACAUUACGCUCUAGAGGGUUCUGUUGCAAUUGCGGGCGCUGCCAUCAGGUGGCUCCGGGAUAAUCUUGGUAUCAUCAACACAAGUGCGGAAGUUGAAAAGCUCGCUCGUACAGUGAGUGGUACACACGGUGUCUAUUUCGUGCCAGCAUUCUCGGGACUGUACGCUCCCUAUUGGGUGCCAGAUGCUAGGGGCAUCAUUUGUGGCCUUACUCAAUUCACUACUAAAGCACACAUCGCACGUGCUGCCUUAGAAGCUGUCUCAUUCCAAGUCAGAGAGAUUUUGGACUGUAUCGAUAAAGACACGGGAGCAGGACUCAAAGACCUCCUUGUCGAUGGUGGCAUGGCUGUGAACGACGUACUUAUGCAAAUACAAGCUGAUGUUCUUGGCAUUCCUGUUGUGAGGCCUCAGAUGCCAGAGACCACAGCAUUAGGUGCUGCUAUUGCAGCUGGAGCUGCUGAAGGCAUUGGUGUCUGGAGGCUGGACAAAGAUGGGUUCCCCAAAAUUACCACAGACAUCUUUGAACCUGCUGUCCUUCCAGAUGAACGGGAACAACGAUACUCAAAGUGGAAGGAUGCGGUGCUUCGUUGUAUGCACUGGGAAGACAUUACGGUCCAAGAUGGAAUCCGAAGGCGUCUUGGAAGCAACUGGUGGAGGCUAUCGUUCCUUCCGAUUGAGCUCUUCAUUUUGUCCUCCUUUGGGAUGUUAGUACUUGCUGGAUACCUCAAGAAUAGAUAAUGUUGAAGCCACAUAGUAUUUAUAGUACCCAUUUUUAAAUUAUCAGUCGCAACGUACAUACUUCCUGGUUGUGGCACAAGAUCUGGAAGUUCCAGGGAAUGCAUUGAAACUGUUAUGAUAGUGUCGGAUCAAUGUAGGAAGAUUGCCAUGUGAUAGUGCAAACAAUCUAUGCUCUUGUUGGCAUGGUAUGACGCACAACCAAAUAAACUUGACUGAACUGCGAA